CAUGGCAACCACAUUCAGGCGCUUUUUCUGUGACGUCACAGGUCCUGUGUCCGACAUUGUCCACACAAACUGCUGCAGAAACGACUCUGACAUUGCCUCUUGUUUAACCAAACCGCGAAUGGAUCGCAGCUUAAAACGCCGGCAGGUGAAGCCACUUGCUGCCUCUCUCCUAGACGCCCUUGACUAUGACAGCUCAGACGACAGUGACUUUGAAGUGGGAGAUGCCUCAGGAUCAGAAGGUACAGGCAACGGCAGUGACGAGGAAGGCUCCAAAGUGAGUGCCGCAGGUUCAGAAAGUGACUCAGACCAUGCUGCUUCCGCAGAUGACGGCAUAGACGAGGAAGAGGCCAAAGAUUUAGCCGUCGAAGACAACUUAACAGAAGACGAGGAAAGGACGAAACAGCAGCCCUCGUCCGAGAGCCCGUCUAAAGACGACUCCUCCGGCACACCACCAAAAGGUCGACGCAAGAGCAGAAAAACUGCCGAGUCCGAGCCUCCCGCUCUUGCCGUUGAGUCUGCCUCUUCCACGUCAACUGUUGUAAACCCCGAUGAGAAUCAGGCGGAGACAAAGAAAUGGAACUUCCGCAGGAAUCGACCCUUGCUGGACUUCACAACCAUGGAGGAGCUGAACGAGAUGGACGAUUACGACAGUGAAGACGAUAAUGACUGGAGACCCACGGGGAAGAAGAAAAACAAAGCGGCGACUCAGAAAGGGGGCACCGAGGAAGAGGAAGGGGGCAGUGCUAGUGAGGAUGAUGACGACGAUGACGACGACGAUGAUGACGAGGAGGACGGGGACGGUGAUAAUGAUAAGGAAGAUGGCGAUGAUAACAACAGUAGCAGUGACAGUGAAAAAGAGGUGAAGAAGCAUGUGAAAAAGGCAAAGACCACCAGUAACUUUGAUGAAGAGCUGACCAAUGACAGCAUGUCCCAAGGAAAAGGCAACGAGGAUGCCUUGCUGGACCGCUCUCAGAACUGGAGUACUCAGCACAUCCUGAUCUGCUGCGUCUGUCUGGGAGACAACAGUGAAGAUGCUGAUGAGAUCAUCCAGUGUGACAAUUGUGGUGUGACGGUCCACGAAGGCUGUUACGGCGUGGACGGCGAAAGCGACUCGAUCAUGAGCUCAGCCUCGGAGAACUCGACCGAGCCGUGGUUCUGUGAUGCCUGUAAGAACGGCGUGACUCCCAGCUGUGAGCUUUGCCCGAACCAGGACGGCAUCUUCAAAGAAACCGAUGCCGGGAGAUGGGUUCAUGUGGUCUGUGCACUUUAUGUUCCUGGAGUAGCAUUUGGAGACAUUGAUAAACUACGGCCAGUGACGCUCACCGAGAUGAAUUAUUCAAAAUACGGCGCAAAGGAGUGCAGUUUUUGUGAGGACACUCGCUUUGCCAGGACGGGUGUGUGCAUCAGCUGUGACGCCGGAAUGUGUCGAUCCUACUUCCAUGUCACCUGUGCGCAGAGGGAGGGACUUCUGUCCGAGGCCGCAGCAGAGGAGGAUAUUGCAGAUCCAUUUUUUGCAUACUGCAAACAACAUGCAGACCGUUUCGACAGGAAGUGGAAAAGGAAGAAUUAUCUGGCGCUGCAGUCCUACUGUAAGGUCUCCUUGCAAGAGCGAGAGAAGCAGCUUACUCCCGAAGCUCAGGCUCGGAUCUCCACUCGCCUGCAGCAGUACAGGGCAAAAGCGGAAUUGUCCAGGAACACCAGGCCACAGGCAUGGGUGCCCCGGGAAAAACUGCCACGCCCGCUUACGUCGAGCGCUUCAGCCAUUAGGAAACUCAUGAGAAAGGCAGAGCUGAUGGGCAUAAGCACCGACAUCUUCCCCGUAGACACGUCCGACACCAACGCCAGCAUGGACGGACGAAGGAAACAUAAGCAGCCUGCCCUCACAGCUGACUUUGUCAAUUACUAUCUAGAGCGGAACAUGCGAAUGAUCCAGAUCCAGGACAACAUCUCUGAACAGAAGAACUUGAAAGAUAAGCUGGAGAGCGAGCAAGAAAAACUGCACGUGGAGUACAACAAGCUCUGUGAGUCUCUGGAGGACCUGCUGAAUGUGAAUUCCGAGUUGCGUACUGACGGUCAGGCUAUGUGGAAUCUGAUGGGAGGAAUCCUGGGCCAGAAACUCAACACUCCAGCUGUUCUUAAAGCUCCAAAAGAGAGGAAGCCAAGCAAGAAAGAAGGAGGAACCCAGGGGAAGUCUUCCAGUCUGCCAGCCAUCCUGUACAGUUGUGGCAUCUGUAAGAGAAACCAGGACCAACAUCUGUUGGUGCUGUGUGACACCUGUAAGCUCUACUACCACCUAGGCUGCCUGGAGCCCCCACUGACACGCAUGCCCAAGAAGACCAAGAACAGCUACUGGCAGUGCUCCGAGUGUGACCAGGCCAGCAGUGAUGAGGCUGAUAUUGCCAUGGAAACGCUACCUGAUGGUACCAAAAGGUCCAGGAGGCAGAUCAAAGGUCCAAUCAAAUUCAUACCGCAGGAAAUGUCGCCGGAGCCGAAGAAACACCAAGUGAGAGGCACGAGAACCAGAGGACAGAAGAGAAAGAGGAUCCUCACAUGUGACGAGAAAGAAGAAAAAAUCGAGGAACCGCUGCCACGAGAACGCCGCCAACGGCAAUCUGCGAUGCAGAAAAAACCCAAAGCUGAAGACACCAGGACCGAGUGCACGACGUGCAAAGGGCCAGGAGACAAUGAAAACCUAGUCAGGUUGUGAGAGCCGGGGGCAGCCACCUCACCGGCCGUAAAAACGCGGGGGAGAUGACCAUUGGCUUAGAGAGGCAAAUUGAGGCGUUGGUGAAGAUUGGUGCUCGGGUCUGGCUGAAGAAUGAGAUCGCCACACCGGCCCCAACCACAACCAACGCUGAUCCACAGUGGACCGACAACUGAAAAAUUGACUGGGAGGUUUCACGAAUUAUGGGAUCCAAACCAUAAAUGACAACAAUAUAAAUAUGUCCAGGUGCAUCUAUGCAACGGUCUGCUCAUAACGUAAUAUGUUUGGGGUUUUUUUUUUUGAUGCGAUAUUUACAUAAGUCUUCAGACCAGAAGGUUUCCAGAUUGGUAUAAAAUGAAUUCAUCAUAGGCGACGGAAAGACGAGGUUAGUUUCUCAGAAGAUUCCAAUUUGGAGUAGACUAAAUUUCUACUUAAAGUUAAUAUUUCAAUGCACAAAUUCAAAUCCUAAACGCCUUUCUGGUCUGUACCAUACACAAGUAUUGUUUUAAAAGUAAGCCUAGAUUCAAAAUGCACUAAAAACGCCUCCGGCUCUGCUCCGGUUUGACCUGCUUCGCUUUCUCAGUGAACUUUUUCUUCACUUGUCAGGGUUGAUUUUGGUAUACAGGAGCAAGCUAUUCAUAUACGUUCUAAAGAGAGCUGUCUUAUCAGUAAACAGAUUCCUCUAUACUAGUUGUCAGUACCAAUUCUAUGGAUGGAUAAAAAAAAAAAAAAAAACGAAUACUCUCAUUGCUAGUCUACUGUUCUGCACUUCCACCUCCCGAUCAAACCUCUCACCGAUGCUAAUCAGUUCUAUUGGAUCUGAAGAUUCGAAAAAUGUGAAUAAUUCUAACUGCAAUUAACCGUGGUUUUUUUUUUUUUUUUUAAGAUGUUUGUGUUGUGGUGUAUUUUAAUAGGUAGGUGAAGGAGCAGUUUUAAGAAAUGUCCCCUUUUUUUAUAGAACGUCCAUACUUUUUUCUAGUAGAUCAGUUACGGCAGUCGUUGCUGCCUAAAGGUGUCUGUGAUUCCUUGAGAUUAGUGUAGUUACUGGUAAUAGCACUGAAAUUUGAAAGUCCAAGUGUCUGAUGUGCCCCUGGGUUUUUUUUUUUUUGGUCUCUUUUUGUCGGUAUCUUGAAGUGACAGGUUAAGUUGACGCGUCCUCAGAGAGAAGCCCAGCUUUUUCUUCGCAACCUGGUUUGCCAAGUCGGUGCUGUCAAAACAGCUGCUACAUGCUCUGUCUCGGUUCACGACACGUGUCGCAUUGUGCUAGGGUUCAAUAUGCAUGCUUUUGGGAAAAGUAAUUCAAAUACAUUUUUCAAAUUUUUUUUUUUUUUUGUUGUCUUCGGUGACACAGUUAUGCGUGACCCCUUUAUCUUACCACUUGUGCUCAGUCACUUUGAAUACAGCAGGUCAUCUAUACAAUACUUGCUAACCGUGAUCAGUAAAAUACAACGUAAACAAACGGUUUGUUCCCCUAUACUUUGAAUGUCAGGUAGCCGAGUAGUGUCAUAUAUAACGUGUACAGUAUUUAUUAAACACUUUUCUGUUGUGUUUUCUUUUGUGCAUAAAUAAUUUUUUUUUAAUAAACAUUUUUCAAGGUCUUUUUAAACUAUUUCGAUCCGGACCUUGACGAUCAUAGCGCACUACAAAACAUUAACAUUUUUCACCGAUUUGAAAAGUCUUGCAAACCAACAGACUCGGUCCUGCAAAUUUUUUGCCUGAUGACUGAACAGGCGCUUAACCCAAAAUUUGCGCUUAACCUAAAAUUU